GAGGGCGUUCGUGUAGUCUUGUUUUAUGCUGAGCUUGCAAAUGGCGGUCAUGUGUGUUGCGAUUGUUGGUGUUUAUUAUUGCACUGAAAUAUAAUAAUAAUAAUUUAGGUUAUUAUUAUAAGGCGGGGAGAUGGGCGGGACGCGGUUCAUGGUACAGUGGGAGGAGCACCCUUCGCACCUGGCCACGCGCCUGGGACAGCUGCUGGAGCACCAGACCCUGGUCGACGUCACGCUCAUGUGCAACACGCACACAUUGCGCGUGCACCGCGCCGUGCUGGCCGCCUGCAGCCCCUACUUUGAGACGAUCCUUCAGCGGCAGCUGGGUCUGCACCCGCUCAUCGUGCUGAAGGACAUGCAGUUCUCGGUGCUCAAGUCCUUGAUAGAGUUCAUGUACUGCGGCGAGACGAGCGUCACGGAGGACAACCUCGGGGCCUUGCUGCAAGCGGCCAAGUUCUUCCAGGUGAAAGGUCUGUCGGCCAUGACGAGAGAGGCCCUGGGCUUGCCGUCUAGCCCUCAGAAAACAUCGACCGCAACCACUGCUGUAAAUGGUGAGGCGGCAAGAAAGGCGUUCAUGGGCCGUUCUAAGCGCGUGGGCAUCCAGCAGACGCUCGUUCCUGCCAGUGGUCUGAAGACUAACGUGACCAUGGCUGGAGACGGUGCCAAAACCACUUUCCAGGUGGCUUCCAAGACCGUCCCCAUGUCCCCGCAGCAGCAGACGCACCAGCAGGCAGAGUCCGCGCAGCUCCUACUCUCUCUCUCAGGUGGGGAUUUCAAUAAGCAGAACUCUUCUCAGACGCUGCAGACCGUCAGCAAAAACGUGCGAUUCCACCAGCCUCGGACCGUGUCGGCGGUUGACGCACGCAAGGAGCCCGGUCGAGUUCCGGAUGUGAUAGAGCGAGUCCCCGUGAUGACGGCCGGCGCUGGUGUCGCCAAGCCUGCCGUAGACAAACAGGAAGUGAAAACCGUGUACAUGCCGGAGGCUCCCCGCCGCCGGGGACGGCCUCUGAAACGGUCGAUGAACCUCGUGUUCAAGGAGAAGGUCAUCUCGGAAACAGAACUCGCCCUUCAGAAGGAAGCGGAGGCCAGUCGCAAGGCACUGGAAGCAUUGCAGGAGGAGAUGAAGUCUGAUAACCAGCAACAGCAGUUUCAGCAGCAACAGUUCCAGCAGCAGCAACAGCAGGCAGUCGCUAACAAGACACUGGGGAUGGUGACUGCUCAGCAGUCGAAGAUGCACCACGAACCUGUCACUAAGCCACAGUCAGUCGAGGCAGUCACCAAGCAGGAGCCUUUGUACCAAGUCUCUGAUGCCAGCGGCGAGAACGUGAUAUAUCAGUUGGCAGACGGCUCUGGUGGUGCAAGUGGAAAUAUCAUGUACAAAGUGGGGGAUCAGUUAAUCACUGCACAGGGUGCUGGUAAUGAUGGCAACAUCGUGUACCAACUCGCUGAAGGAAUCAAGAGUGGUGAUAUUGUAUACCAAGUGGCAGACAACAGCAAUGAAACUCAAGAAGAGAACAACGGCAACACGAACAUCAUUUAUCAAGUGGCAGAGGGCGAGAAUGUCGCGUCAGAAAAUACGGUGAGCAAUCAGUGCAUGGAAGUGUUGAAGGAGGCGGGCUUGCCGACAAACGUGCCCAUACUACUAGACAGUGGCAAUGGCCAGUACAUCACCGUCAACGAGGAGGUGUUGAUGAACAUAGUAAAUGGCGGCAUGGUUCAAGUGGCGGAUGGGAACAUCGUCGGUGGGGAAGGCCUACAGUUCAUCGUUCAGGAGCUACCGGAGGAGCCCGGAGCUCCACCCGAGGAGACCCACAUAGGGAACGAACAAGUGGCAAUGCCUGAUGUGCUAAAACAGAGUCAGAUAUCACAGGUACAAGGUCCGGUUACCUCCCAGGCCAGUUCAGAAGCGUUAGUGCAACAUCCGUUUGAGCCUGUGCCAGAUAGCCUUCAUAGACAAGAUCAAGAUUCCUUAGACACCCCAGUUAUUGAAAAUACACUGAACACCCUAGCAGAGCUAACGCUGACCAUGGGUAACCCACCGGUUGAAACCAGUUUGCACAAACCUGUUGUGGAUCAUGGGAAUACUCUGGUUCAUAACAUGCCAGAAAAUUCUAAUGCUGAAAGUAAUGAUGUGACAGCUAUUGAUGCAGAAAACAUCCACUCAGAUAACAAUAUUAUUACUGGUGUGAUAGAUGAACCUGGUAUUAAUAUAUCUUGUACAAACACUGGAGAAAAAAAUGAAGCAGUACCUGAAAAUGAAAUUAUGGGUAGAAAUUUGGUAGUAAGCCACAAUAAUAAUGAAAACAUUAAUGUUUGUGGAGUCGACGAAGCUGAUGAAGUGAUCACAGGCGACAGAUAUGGAGAAGAGGCAAGACCUGGAUUUUCCGUGCUGGGUGAUGCAGCGAGUCCCUCGAAGGAUGAUUUUCCCUCUCAGUUUCUGGCACAAGACAGCUCGGUCUCCAAGUACGCCGUGACCACGACUGCGUGUGGCGACAUUGCCCAGAACUUCAUCUUUCAGGAAGAGUCGUCGAGUAGCGAGGCUCCUCAGAAAGUGGCAGCGACAGAACAUGGUGAAAGCGCAGAAACCAUGUCUGUGGAGCAGGAACUGGAGGCCAUGAUGGGCGAAAACAGCGACACGGACGACGCGAGCAAAGUAAAGGAGGAGGUGGACGGCGGAGAGGCAGUCCAGCAGAACGAGGUGGUGGCGGCAGCUCAGCCGGGAAGCACUACAGACGAGGAAACUCAAGACCUCAGGAUGGUACUCAGUCCAGAAGAGGCUCGCUGUGUGCAGAGCGCAGAUGAUUCGUUGGACGAGUCGAUCCUCAUGGUCCUCAGUCCCGAUGCUUCGGGCAUCAAACUGAGCACCGGUAAACCUAGCGGGAACGGAUGUUUUGUCGGCGCCGAAAACGUUCAAAGCACGCUGGGAAUGGAGAGCAUUCUCUCGUCGGACACGAACACGACACAGGUUCGGGCUGGAGAAGACGGCGCCCCGGGGGAGUUCGUCAUCCUCGAAGGUGGUGUGAUCGCGAACGUGGAGGGUGGCACGCGCGUGGUCUACCAAGGCACCGCCGAGUACGGAGAGGCUGAGAACAGUCGGCCGGCCGAGUCUCGGCCAGAAGGAAGCGUUGAGUACGGGGUCGUGGAUGACGCCGUCGUGCCGGGAGACGGGGCGGUGGAGCCCGUGGGAGGCGACGCAUCGAAGACCUCCCCGCCCAAGGACAUCCCUUACGCCGUCGGACUGCUGCCCCUGAAGACGGCCCUGGAGAAGCUGCAGGCCAUGCCGGAGCACCAGCCCCGCAAGACGCGCUCCGGCAGCAAGGACUCGCCGCCCGAGUGCCGGGCCAAGAGGAAAGCCUCGGCGAGCGGGGACCCGGAGAAGAGGCAGCGCGUGUCGGAGGAUGACGAGGACUUGGAGCUGGAGGAGAUGCGCGAGGUGGACGCCGUGGCAGCCUCGUCCUCUGGUGUGGUUCCGUUGCCGUCGAUGGUCGACCUCACUGCCGAUGCAAACGAUGGUUGAUCCGGGCAUUUGUUAGCGGGCACAGAUUGUAAUGCCGUUAUUUUUAAGUGGCCAUGUGGUGGUGUAUUUGAAGACUAUACGUGUCACUUUCGUGGUACAUUGUCUGUCUAUGACAAUGCGUGUUUACAAUACAUUAUUAAGACUUUUUUUUUAAUUAUGAAAAAUAAUUUAAGAAAUUUAAUCCAUCUAUAAAUAUUUUGAGGAUAUUUAGUUUGUUUUUACAGUGCAGCAUGUUGAUUUUUUUUGUAAUAUUUCUGUUAUAUAUAUUUAAAGCAUUAGCAUUUUGUGUAUUUCUUGUUUGACUUGUUAAGAGUCACCGUUUAGUUUUGUGUGUUGUGAUCUUUCUCCAUAUUCGGAGCAGGCGAUGAUAAAGUGUGUAUUACACCAUCUGAUUCAUGUUAGUGUUUUAUUAGCUACACAUUUUCAGCUAUAUUUAGUUAUUAACCUACUUUAUUUUUAAUGAAGCUGUUGUGUUUACUUAUCCUAGAAUAUUUCUUAAUCAGCUAAUUAAUUUGAAAUUUUGGACUAAGUGAAAACUGAUUUUACUUACAUAAAGGACUACACCUGCCCCUCAAAGUAACGCUCUAAUUCGUUCCAGGAAAACAGAGAUAUGCAUACUAAUUAAAAUACUGAUUUGUUUUCCAACUAUUGAAGUAUAUUUGUUGACUGAACCAUUUCAAAACACUGCUCACGUUAAAAUCAUUUGUUAAUAUUAAUGAUUCAGUAAAACGCUGUUACGACCCCUCGUGGGUCCUGGGAAUAGAAAAUUUGGGGGGAGGGGGUGAACAAGCAUGUUGGAUUAAUGACCCGUCUUGAAAACUAUCUGUCGAAAUAAGCCUUCUUUCGCACCAAGUUCGUGUUCAGUCGUCUGUGGCAUAUAAUUGACUAGUUAUUAAAAUUAGGUAUAAACACUUUGCAACUGUAUUCCAAAAUAGAGGUAAAAUUUAUAUACUGCAUUAGACAUGGGCCAUAACUAUGUACCGCGCUAGCGAGGUCAAGAAGGUUAAACAUUGUGACGUGGCUUUGUUGUCGCUCACGCGGGCGAGCAAGAUGCGGAAUGUCACGAAGGGAUGAGGAGAAGGGGAAUGAGGAGAGGACGGGUGGCAGUCAGCUGUGCCCGCCCUGUAAUACCGCCGUGUCUGUCCCCUGACAAAUACCAGGCACCGACUUCUUGCGUUCACUGACUUGCUGGCGACGUAACGUUUCUGCGGACAUAUUGCUUUUUAGAAUAUUAUAACAAAUUUAUGGGCUCAUUAGCAUAAAUGACGUAUCGUAUCAUGCAUACAAAAGUGCCGAAUAUUUUAAUACUUUGUGAUGGGUACAGCACAAGUAUAAGAAGAAAAAUUAAAGCUCACACAAAAAUAGUGAUUUCAAGUACUAAAUAUGAAAACUCACCAGAUAAUGUCCAAAGCUGUGGCUUAUGACAAUUUAUGUAUAAAUGCACCCAAAAAAAAUAACUGAAAUUCCUUACAUUAAUUUUAUUAGAUUAUGGCCUUUCUUCUGCACUGCAUUUACAUUCUCUUCUCUCAUUUUCGUAUGCCAUGUUGCUGUGUACUCAUUUUUAGCUUCUUUUCAUCCACUUUGUGAAUACCUACUUUUCAAUGAGGGUCUACUGGCUCGCUAUCUAUUCAUUUUACACAAAUUAGAAGUCUGUAUAUUAUAUUUAAAAAAUCUUUAAAAAGUUUGGGUUCCCAACAAUCAUUCAUCAAAUCAAACCAAAAACAGAGGAAAAAAAAUUGUGUACCAAGUCAUCUACAAACAAGCAAUCACUAAGCGAAAUCCAAAAUCACUCAACUCCAAGUUGUAAGUGAUAUCGUAAUAGUAGACUGCUGGGCGGCAGGAAGACAUUCGUGACUCCACAGACACAUCAUCUCUGGUAGGACAUUGAAGAGGAUAGGCAGGGGAAGUGGUGUCUAUUGCUCCAUGUGCAGUACAGUGUUCGCCAAGAGAAAUGCAGUGCAAUGCACUUCAAAAUAAUUUUUGGCCAAUUUUCUUCUAAUUUUCCAAUUUUUAAAACAAGUUUUUAAUGGUUCCUGGAAAAGGGAUCAUAAUAGAGGGGUGUUCGUAAUAUAUGGUGUCUUAACAAAAUGGUUUUACAGUUUAUAAAAAAAUACAUGUAUAAAUGUUAGAAUUGCAUGUUGAAAAUUAACAUUCAGUAUUAAUACAUCCGAAAAAUAUUCACAGACCUCAUUGCUUUCGCAUUAGGCUUUAGGCCAGGCCAUAGGUGCUAGCAAUAUUUAUUGAGUAACAUAUUAAUUAUGUUAUUGAUCUAGAAAAUUGCGUUAGAUACCUAAUAAAUUUAAGACAAGAAUUUUAUGUUUUCAAUUAACAAGAAAGAUUAUUUAAACCUGUUAACUUAUUGUCCGGCUGUUUACUAAAUGCAUGUCUACCAACUAUAACACAUGAAUAGAGUAGCGCAUCCUGGCAUGAGCUUGGGAAACAUGCUCUGAGAGCUUCUGGCAUUGCUCACCAGAACUGCUGCUGACUGGUAAACAUUGGUCAGUUUUUACAUGUGAUAUUGAUCAUUGUGCCAUUUUUAAUGGUAUCAUGAGCUAAAGUGAUGUUAGGCCUCACCAUCUUGAAAUAUGAAAUAUUUAAUAGCGCUUGCAAUAAAGAUUCCAUGCAAAAAAAAAUUUUGGGUCACGUGGCAUAGGACAUAACUUUAGCUACUUGUUGACCUCAACACUUGUGAACUGGUGUGGUUAUCAUGAGAGCUGUGGUUGUGAUAUGUUGUAGAAGGUCGAGGAGAUAUGAUUAAUGCCUUGACAUUCCAAAAAAAAAAUAGGAUAUAUAAAUCAAAAUUAUAAUUAUAGCAAAAAGAGGGGAAAAUUCAAGAUGGGUGCAUAAUUGCCCUUAAGUAAUAGGCAAUGAGGCAAGGUAAUAACUUAUAGAAUUAAAGAUAAGCUACUGUUUGAUUUGUCACAUUCAAUUUUUGUUGCUAUUGUGUAAGCAUGGAAAAUUAAAAAUUGCUUGGGGAAAAACAGCGGUACAUUGAAUUUAUGACUACAUACUACAAAUCAUGCCGUAAUUCAUUGGUGUAGUUAUUUCUAAACACAUUAAUCAAACAGUUGUACUUGGAGAGGCGGAUGUACAUCUUUCAAAAAAAAUUUACUUUAUUAUCUUGCCAAAGUUCUUGAAACGGUUUAUGGUUGUAGUUAAAAAUUGCAUUUCCAUGUAAGAUUUUAUUAUUUAUUUUGAAAAAUUGGUGCAUCUUAAACUUCACUUUCAUGUAGUCAUGUUCCUUAACAGGGCUGCCACUUAGGCUUUUCUGUAACAAUAUAUCAAAUAUGUUUUAGCUUCACUACCAACAAAUUAGUUCAAUUUGCCACAUACAUAGGUACUUCUUACUAGUACAUUAUUAUGCUGCAGUAUUUUCGGCCUCAAAUGUGUUAAUUUACUCAGGUAAAUUUAUCAGCUACAUAUUUAUAUUUACUUUAAUGAGUUAUGUUAUCAAUAGUUGACUUUGCACUAGAAUCUAUGUGAAAUGAAUAUUUCUUUAUAUAUUAUAUUGUUUAUCUUUUUGAAAAAAGUUAAUAAAUUUUUUAAUGGAAAUAAAAAUUGUUAAAUGACAGUUCUAGCAUAUAGAUUCAUGGCAAUUAUGCGAAUCUCACAAACUUCUUGAUUUUCCCAACAGGCCUAGAGUUAUGUUUAUCCUUAUGCCAAAAUAAUUAAUUUGGCAUUUGCAGGGGGUAAAAAUUUAAAUCCUAUAAAACAUGUUUUAUACAAUUAAGUUGUUGCUACUUUGAUAAACUUUUUUUUAAAAAUUGAAACAAAUGUUGCAGAUAUUUUCUAAUGUAUAUAAAGUUCAUACAAUGUUCAUACAACUCUGAGAAGAAACUAAACAUUUGUUCAUUGUUAGGUUGGUGGUAAUAAAGUAAUUCUUCAUAUUUUAUGCAAAUUUUACAUUAUUUAUGUUUUGAAUAGUUUCGAGGCUUUUUGGAUGUGUAAACAUCAUACAUAGCUCUUGGUAUACUGCAUUUGCUUGGAGUAAUUUCGUGAAAAUGGAAUGGAAGUCUCUGAACAUAAAUUUGAUGCAAAGAUGGUACCUAACGAUUUGGUAUGACAAAAGAAACUUGUGGUAGUGAAACUACCCUGGAAUAUAUUUUGUCAACUAAAAUAGUCAUAGUAAAAAGUAAUCUCAAGUUUUAAAAAAAAGUAAGGAAAAUAGCAUUACAAUUAUAAUAGAAACUCUCCUAAAUUCCCAAUUGGCCUAAAAGCACAGUGGUAGAGAGCGUGCUUGUUAACCUUAAGUUCAAAUUUUGUCACUGGAAAAACUUUUAUUAGUAACGUAAUACAUAUAAUGUUGAAUCAGAUCAGUAAGGUGACAGCUUGUUUUUAGGAAAUAUUUACAGACUGAUUUUUAUUGUUGAAGCAAAACCAAAUAUACAAACAUAAUAGUUAGGUUUAUGUGUUUUAGAAUGUUUCAGGUUAAUAUUUUAGUAAUACCACAGAAGUAUAACUUCUAACGUGUGCACUAGUCAUGUGUCAGUUCUACUUUUUCCCCGGUUCUCGGUUUGGUUCCGGUUCUUAAAACUUGGUUCUCGGUUUCAGGUUAACCGCCACACAAUUUCAAGUUGCACCAAAGACACAGUACACCCUAAUAAAUGACUCAUCAGCGACCUACUGUACCAUAAUUAAGACCACAAACAAGUCACCCAGCCCCAACUAACUUGCCUUUUUUUUGGGCUGGAUAAAUCUUUGCUUUAGAAAAAUGUAUAUAUUUGUUCACAAGAGAUUAAUUUAUAAAAACAUUUAAUUUAAACUAAUACUGGUGUAGCAAGUAAUGAUUGUAUCGUAAUGGGUAAGGGAUGGAACAACCAAGUUAACAGAGGUCUGUUUAAAGAUUAUAUUAAUACAUAAUAUGUUGGUUGUAUUAGAGACCCAGAAAUUUCUUGAGUAUUAAGUUUUUAUAAUUUUUGGGUGCAGACACAAAAUCUUGGGUGAAAUUGGAAAAAUUCUUGAGUAAAAAAUACAUUUCUUUAGUUAUACAAGGACAUACAUAACAAACUUAAGUGACAAGUUAAUUUAUAUAAAUAUAACAUUAAAAUUAUAUAAAAAAAUAAUUCCACUUACAAACAAAAUUAUUUUCAGUGAAGCUAUUUUUAAUAUUUAUUUAAUAAAAUAAUAAAAGGACCCUCUUGCAAUACCCAAUUCUUCAGAAUAAGGGAACUGUUAUUGUCAUUGGGUCAUUUAGCUUGGAAUUCUGUGGCUGGGAAAAAUGUAGUUGACUGGGGUGAAAGUGCUGAAGUCUGGAGAGACUAGAUAUGUCAGAAGAGCAUAUGAAGGGGAAAACAUCCUAUUGCAAAAGGGGUUGGCAGUGAUGGAAAAACUCUGCUAGCCAGCACUGGAGGAAUGAGAGAGAAAGUGUAAAGUACCGGUCUUGUGGCCUUGAAGGCUUUUAGAGGUAGGGCAAGUGGACAGAACAAAGGAAGUUUUUGUUUUGAGUGCUGAAAGACGACUUAAAAUCAUGUCGGUUUAUUUUUUAAUAAGUGUUAAAAGUAUAUUGAGCCUGUGUUAUUUAUAUAAGUCUACUUUUAGUUGAAAUGGUGAUCCCUGUCUGCUAGUGAAAAGAGGGACAAAAAAAGGGUCAGAAUCUCGGCGGAAAAAUUCUUCACAUUGGGACACUUUCUGCCGGUGGUAACUUUCCAUGUGGGCGGGUUAGCGGCGUGAGCAAGAGGGCGAAGGAGGGAGGGGGAGACUGCUCUUUGUCUGUGUCGCCUGCAAUUUUAAAGAUUUACAAACUAUUCACGUGUCACAUGGGGCUUGAAGUGAAGUUAAAAGACGUCUGCGUGUUGGCCACCGGCAAUUUACCACAGCGUUUUAUCGGGGAAAGUAUUAGCUGUUGUGCUUUCCGUAGUACCUGCACCGGUACCGACGUAUUUACGGUUCUUGGUGCCGGAUAAUUUACUGAGAACUGGCGGAACCGAGAACUGGGACCGACCAAUUCCUAGUGUGCAGAAACUUUAUGGUAUUAACUGUUUACGGAAUUUUAACAAGAUUUUCAAUCAAAUUUCUUGUCAAAAAUCAGGUCAAAAGCUGGGAUUUAGGAUUUUUUUCAAGUCUGUAGCAUUUAUCAGAGUCGUUUCUAAUAGUUUAAAAUUUCUAUUAGUUUCGUGCUGCUAUCUGUGAGUGAUGGUCACAAGCAACGUUUACGAUUCAUGCAGCGAAUUCUAACAGCGGGCUUAGAAAAUAAGUUUGUGAUUCGUGCCUAGGAAUUUUGGUACGUACUUAAAAAGCAAAUAUUUUGUGUGUUAGUUUCGUGUUAUAAGUUUAUUUGCAACGUGAACAACAUGAGAUCACUUGAAUUUGCUCGUUACCGAGGCGAGAUGUUCACGCAUCACUGGAGAGUAGGUAAUGAAAGACUCACUCACAUUUUAUUUAUAAAUAUAUAUGUAUUCAUUAUUAAUUCAAAUAUUUUGUAUAAUAAGAAUACAUACUAGAAAACUUAUCAGUUGAAUAUUCCACUAGCAAAAAAUUUAUAUGCUGCCUUAAAAAAAAAAUUUUUUUUUUUAAAGGAAUAAAAAUUUUGUAGUGUUUGCUGUCCGGAGAAUUAUUCAUUUUAUUAAAAUAAUUCUGAACAUUAUUUACCUGAACCCAUGUAAAACAAGCAUCUAAGAACUACAUAAGGUUUGCAAUAAGCAAAACUAAAUUGGUGAUUACUUAUUUAAACUACUAAUAGCAUUUAAAAUGAGUUAUUUAGACCAAAAUUGUUUUAUCUUGUAGGAAAUAUGGAUGUUCAAAUUCAGAGUUAAAAUUUCAAGGUUUAAGUGAUCUAAAUUUUGAAACUGGAAAAUUGAAGUCAUUAUGUAAAAUUUUUUACUUGAAUUAGAAAAGUGUGUGCUGAAUAAUUAUGAUUUAUUAUAUAAAAAUUAUUAUAUAUUUUAUAGGGAGUUCUGUUCGUACAGUAGCAGCUUCUACUGACAUUUCAUUUAUUUACAAUUGAUGUUGCAGUACCAAGAAUAUUAAAUGUUGAUGUUUGUUCUGGUGUUACUAAAGCUGUGAAUAAUGCCAUUUAUGAGGGUUUCUAUUGGAUAAUUUAUAGAUACAUAUUUAUUAUUUUUUCAACAAAUGUUCUUAACAGUAACAAAGAGUUUUAAAUAAAACAUUUAUGUUGAACUAAUCUUUGAAGUACACUUAGUUGUAACAGCUUGGCCUAUAUGUUUUUAUAUUUCUAGGAAGAGCUAAAUUAAAAAUAAAAUAAAUCCUGUGUAUAGUUCUAUAGGUUGGUUGUAAAUAAAUGGUGUACACCACAAAUCAAAAUUUUAUUUAGUUGGGCAUUGAAAUACAUAUUUUUAUCCUGCAUGUAUGUCAGGUUUAUGUUUUAUUUAUUCUUUCUUGGGUUAAAGAUAUUACUAGGAAUGUUGGUUUUGUGUGCAUUUGUAUAUUUUGUAAAGCAUCUGAGUGAGUGUUUGGUGGAAAUGUUAGGAUUAAUACCAGCAUUUAAACUGGUGGAAUGUUUUGUGUACUAACUAGGUAUUGUUUUGAGAUUUUGCCCAUGAAAAUUGCUGUUUGAGGAAGGAAUUCUUUUUUUUUUUUUUCUGAUAGCAAAACAAAUGAUUAAAAACAUCUUUCUACAGGUGUUGCGAGUCUGCUAAAUAAGGCAUAGGACAAAUAAACUUCACAAUUGAGAUAAAAAUGUGAUGCCUGAUGACAGUAACAUUUUCUUCAUAUCAUAUUAUUGCUUGAUAAAAUUUUAAUUCUCUUUUUUGAGUAAUUUGUGAAUUAUUUUAUUAGUGUGUUUGUCUUGAUGCCAAGAUUCUUAAACUUUAUUUCUGUCCUAAACUAAGUAAGCCUACAAGGUGUUUUAAUUUUUUUUGUUUAAACUUUGGUUUAAUCAUUUUGAGUUAUUUCAUGGUUAACGUUAUCGUUUUCUGUUCAAAAUGUUGGGUAAUGGGUUGUGGAUGGAUUUUUUAGAAUGUGGUUGUGUACAAAAAAAAACAUUUUAUGUGCCAGAAAUCUGUGUUAUAAAUAUGUUUUAUGUAUUUUUCCACUUUUGCUAGUAGAAAAAAAAGUUGAGAAUGUGUCAUUUGUAAAUAAAUUUGAAUAUAGAAGAGAUAAAAUAUGUUUAAAAAUGCAGAUUAUUUUGAUGUAGUCACCAUAUCGUUAAGUAAAGGAUGAAAAUGUAUCAUGUGGUGUGGUGUUAUUGGAUUUUGUGUAUCUAAAUUGUAUAUAUUUGUAGAUGUUGCAGUUGUACAUUUUAUCACACACUCGAAAUUUCAUUGCGUUUUUUUUUCAAGGCUCUCUUUUUUACUGCCUGCAUGUACAUGUAGUUUUCUAUUGUUGCAUAUGUAUGAGAAAUUUGUACAUAACAGUUUUGUACAGAAUGCAGGCAAGUUUAUAAAAGUGAACUGUACAAAAGUUAAUGCUUGUCAUCAGAUACUAAAGUUUCCUUGUUUCUAAAUGCAUUAGAAAUGCUGAAAAGUGCAUUGUUAAUAAUUUAUUCACUAUUAGUGCUUGAAAAAUGUCUUGUAGGCACGUUAAUUUGGCACUGGAAAUAAGAACCUGCUGAUUAAAUUUUUACAUUAUACUAUCCAUAAAAUCACUUUCUCCUUCUAUGUAUAAUGAUAACAGUUAAUACCACAGUUAUAAAGUAUAUAUAUUUAUAGUAAUGCACCUUUUAUGGUCUUUGGAAACAUUUCUUUAAAAAAAAUAAUGCUGUUUUAAGCUGGAAGCCUAUGUAACAUAGUCUUAUGUAGUGUGUCCUACACCAGGAAAAAAAAUUCUACAUGGUGAAAAAUUGUGAGCACAAUUAAUGGUUAACCUUAGAAUGCUCCAAUGUCAUCUGGCAUUGUUACCUGGUUAAGCAGAAUAGUUGGGUGUUGAUCAAGUCUGUGAUUAAAACGUCGGAAAAUUAGCUGCUGUUGACUAUAAUGUAUUCUGGUGUGAAAAAUAGUUUUUGAGUUUUGGAAUCACCAAAAAAUUUUAUAUUUAUUGAUUUUUUUUUUUUUUUUUUAAAAAGUAGGCUACAUCUUAUUAAUACAAAACAUGAAUCACAUUAAUGUACCUCUCAGAAUUUAACUACAAAUUGGGCAAUUUUAAAUUUUUUAAAUAUUUUGAUAAACUCUUAUGAAAAAAAAAAUCUUCCAACACUCAACUGCAGCUGUAAUAUGAAAACAAAAUAAUUUUGGAAACCACCCCCUAAAGAUUGAACACCAGGUGUUUCAUUAGUAUGGAAUUUUGUGAUCACCAUAAAACGUAAUGCUGCCAUAAUUUCAGUUUGUGUAAAGAUCCAAGGUCAUCUUGAUGCUCCAGAAGUUUCUGUAACUUGAAAGCAUGUUAAAUCUUACAGUAUGGGGCUUUUACAUGUUCUCUUAAGUUUUCCUUUUGAGUUCUUUCCGUUAAAAUAUAAAUCUAGAAGAGAACAUAGUACUAUGUCAGUAUGGGCUCUGCAGAUUGAGAUGAAAACAUACAUAGCUUGUUAAUGUUUGUAUAUUUUGAGUAAAAACAACCAAUUAUUUGACUUGAUAGUUGUAAGUCAUGACAGAACCGUGUAACCUCAAUUGCACCAAAAAAAAUAUUGUAAAUUAUGAUGAUUUAGACUUAUUUCUUACUCCGCUAGUGAGGUUAAUGUUUCCAGGAGUAAUAGUUAAUGAAAUUUGGUUUUGUGCGUAGGGUAUGUGCAUGUUGUAAAAGGCGAGCCUUAAAAAGCCUUACAUUUGUAUACUGUAAAAUUGUGUAAACUAUGGUUUGGCGAGUUAAAGUUUCAUUGUAAAGCUACAAUUUUUUUUUUUUUUUUUUAGAACCCUUCGCCCUGGAACAACACAGUGUAAAAAAAAAGAGAGAGAAAAACUAGCAUUUUUGGAGUAAAAAAAAUCUUUGUCUGCAAUGUUUUAAAACUGUUGCACGGGCUUCUUCAGCGUGCUAUGCAUGUCUCUGCAUUGGACAUCUAGUGGGUCUGCAAGUGUUGUAAUUUUCUUUAGCUGUUGCAUGUAAAUAUUUUGUAUUUUCAAGAUCUGUAUAAACAUUUUAUGUAGUUAACAAUAAAUACUGAAUGUAGAUGUGGA